CCUUAUAUUACAUAUUCUUAAGUUUACUAUAAAAUUUUUUAAAUUAUAAUAGGUUGGUAUGUAUGUUUACAAUUAUAGAUUUUUAUUCAAGCAAUUUUAAAUAAAAUGUUUUAAAUCGAGUCAAAAAUAAACCUGGUAUCUAUAUUAUCUUUGUAAAUUUAUUUUAAAAGUCGAAUUAGAUCCGGUAAAUAGGGGUUGCGUUGAUAUCGUUGUUGUUGUCGUCGUCUCUCACGGUCAUGGAAGAUUGCGGAGCACAAAGUAAGCUUUUAUAAUGGAAGUCGAAGGUGUAUACUUUCAGUUGCUAUUAUUACGUCGUUUACAUGCUUAAUACCAAAAUUAAGUAAGCUAUUGAAACUUGUGGGCAGAGGAAAUCUAAAAUAAAUGUUCAUCCAAUUUCGAACUUUACUGUCCCAAUGCUCAAAAACCCAUCAAACUCUCUUAAACACAAAGCAAUUACAUGCCUUAAUUGCCAAAACCCAUCUUGUUUAUGACCCAUUUUUUGCCACUAAACUCACACGUUACUAUGCACUUAAUGGUGAUCUUUCCUCUGCUCACCAACUGUUCGAUGAAAGUCCUGAAAGAAGUAUUUACCUUUGGAACUCAAUCAUUAGAGCUUAUGCAAAAGUUCAUGACUUCAAGAAUGCAUUUAAUCUUUUUACCCAGCUUCUUAAGUCAAAUUUAUGGCCUGAUAACUUCACAUUUGCUUGCAUUUUGCGCGCUUGCUCGGAGAAUAAUGAUGUGGAGGGAGUUAAAAUUGUUCAUGGUGGGUUAACAGCUUAUGGGUUGGGAAUGGAUUCAAUUUGUGGUAGUGCACUUAUUAAUGCUUAUUCAAAACUUGGUCUUAUUGAUAAUGCUAGUAGAGUGUUUCAUGGUCUAAUUGAUCCUGAUUUAGCUACAUGGAAUACUAUGAUAAAUGGGUUUGGGUGUUAUGGAAUUUGGACUGAAGGGUUGAAAUUGUUCGAUGUAAUGAGAACUAUAGGGAUUGAACCAGAUGGAUAUACUAUGGUUGCGAUGCUAUCAUCUGUAAAAGGGCCGGGGUUAUUGCAUAUAGGACAAGGAUUCCAUGGCUUUUGCAUAAAAAGCGGUUUUCUUUCGAAUGAUCAUGUUGCUAGUUCGCUCGUUACAAUGUAUUCGAUAUGCGAGUCCUUGGGUUCCGCGGAGGAAGUCUUUAAGAGAUUAGUCGAACCAGAUAUUGUUACAUGGUCUGCACUGAUAACAGGAUUUGCACAUUUAGGGCAGAUUCAUAAAGCCCUUUUGCUCUUCAGAGAAAGGAAUAUGAAUGGCAUGAAGGCUGAUCAUGUAUUGCUUUCAAGCAUUUUAGUUGCUACUGUUCAAUUGGGAAAUGUUGGACCGGGUUUUGAGAUACAUUGUUACAUUCUUCGACAUGGGUUUGAGACGGAAAUCAGAAUUGCCUCGGCUCUCAUAGACAUGUAUUCGAAAUGUGGUUUCAUGGAGUUAGCAAUUCAUGUUUUGAAUUCUCAUCCAAGGCCGAAUAUGAUUGUAUAUAAUACGGCUAUAUUAGGUCUUGGGUCGUAUGGAAAUGCUAGUGAAGCGUUUCGACUCUUUGAUGAGGCUAUGGAGAAGGGACUUGUGCCGGAUGAAUGCACAUUUUCUGCUCUUCUUCACGCUUGCUGCCAAGCGGGUUAUGUCAAACAGGGGAAGGAAAUAUACGAAAGAAUGAAGGAUGAAUUUGGUAUUGAACCUAGAAACGAACAUUACGUUCACAUUGUUAAGAUCCUAGGAAUGGCCGGGAAGUUGCAAGAGGCGUUCGAGUUUGUGUUGGGCUUGUCUAAGCCUGUUGAUGCUGGCAUUUGGGGUGCACUACUAGCAUGCUGUGAAAUGCAUGGAAACUCUGCUCUUGUGGACAGUGUGCUGAGGCAUGUAUUGCAGAACAAUGUUCAAGAAGAUUCUCACUCAGUUUUGGUGUCUAAAAUAUAUGCCAAUCAAGGAAGAUGGGAUGAUGUGGAGCAGCUAAGAGAUGUCAUAACCGAUAGCAGACGAAAGAAGCUUCCGGGGCUUAGCUGGAUCGGAGGAAAGAUUGUUAAAAAGUAAUCCAAAAAAUCUAGCUAAUUGUAGAACAAUCUAGAUGAUUUAAUAGUACCCAACAUAAAUUAAUUAGAAAAGUUAUAGAAAUGUCUAUAAAAGUUCUAUUGGGUGAGAUACAUGACAAUAGGGAUGUAAAAAUAUGCAAACUAUGUGGCACUUGGUAUAUGAGGGGAAUAAGCCGCACAAAAUGGAGAAGGCUAUCCCAUAAUAUUAGCUAAUUAAAGUUUGUGGGUUAUGAGAGAUAAGUGAAGUGUGUAUCGGCGCGGAACAAGUAAUUAAAUAUUUGUAGAUAUAAUAUUUAUUUGGGUCAAACUACAAAUUCCGCGUGCGUCCAAAACUUUUAUCAAAGAGCACCUGACUACUCGGACUCUUCAUUUUGUAUUAUGUACCCGUGUCUAAUCUUUGAUGCUCGGACAUUGGUAUGACACUUAGACACUUCGUUUUAGGUGUAAAAUUGAAUAUUUAGACGUAUCUAACAUUUAGACUUUGAUCAGUAUUCGACAUCAGUACCCUGAAGUUGGCCCAUAGGAUGUUAUAUCUGCUGUUGUAUAGGUAUGCAUUCGCUUUAGCAUGGAGAUUAUUUCUAAUGUGACUUGGGUGUUCUAUUGGUUCAAGCAAGACAAAAUUUCAAGCCUAUUCAAAGGAUACCAAAAAAACAAGGUUUUACAAGCCUUAAUAAAACAUCCCAUUGACCUUCAUAGUCUUUACACAUUUGUCUACAGAAUUCAAGGUUGCUCACUAACAUGGGCAAUUUCCGGAUAGUAUUAUAGGA